AUGGUAAGCGACUCAAAAGGGCCUUUACCUCCAAAUUGGGAGAUUGCAUACUCGGAACANNNCGAGAAAUAUUUCAUUAACCAUAACUCAGGAACAACUCAGUGGGAAGACCCUAGAGAUUUGCCAGAAGGCUGGGAAAAAGUUGAAGAUGGCACUUAUGGGACGUUUUAUGUUGAAUGGGAAAAUAAGUCGAAACCUAGAAAAGUUUUUGGAGAAGAAUUGGCUGUUGGUCACAUAAAUAAGCGUACUCAAUAUGAGCGUCCGCAAUAUGCACCGACGUCCGUCAGCGCCUUCAAUUCGUCAUCGUCGGUUAACCCGCUGGCAAGCACAUCGAGCGCAUUACUGAUUAAUGGUAGUGGGCAAAGCAAUAGUAUACCUGUGGCCGAAAACGGCAUCGGCAUUGGUAGUGGCAUCGGAGGCAGUACAUCAGUUAUCAGUACUAGUACUCCGCACUUCAUGCCGCCGUCAAACAACGCUAUGGUCGCGCAUAAUCGACGGCAUUCAGCUUUUUAUGCUAACAACAACUCGUCAGCGUUGAUUCAACAACAUCCUUUAUCGAAUCACUUCUCACCAUCCAUGUUCACUCGGUUAUUCAUCUCUUUUAAAAAUUUUAGAGACCCAUCGCAACUUACGGGUCAGUUGAUCACUACUAGGAUACCGAAGGGUUCAAAAGGUUUGGGCUUUACUUUAAUAGGUAACGAUGGAAGUUCGUUAAAUGAGGAGUUUUUACAGGCAAGUUAUUCACCAAUCCCGAUUCAGCUAAGUAGUUUUUUAAGCUGUAAUGCAAAAUAUAUUAAGAGUGUCAUACCGGGAGGUCCUGCACAUCGGGAUGGUAUAUUACACAUGGGCGAUGUUCUAGUGUAUGUUAACAACCAGUGCGUUCUUGGUGCCACACAGUCUCAGGCAUGUCGAAUAUUUCAGUCAAUAGCUGUCGGGGAAAUGGUAACUUUGCAAGUUUGCAGAGGCUAUCCGCUUAUUUUGGAUCCAACAAAUAGGAUAGUGACUGAAAACGCGUACAGUUCUCGUGUAUAUGACGAAAAGGAAAUCACCAUUGUUAAAGCUGAAGAUGGAUUUGGUUUUACAAUCUUUGAAAGUUUGCAUGGUCAGCGAGUUAAAAAGAUUUUACAUCCUGAAAGAUGCGAAAAUCUGCUGGAGGGGGAUACUUUGCUGGAAAUGCGGACAACAUACCCACGUGGCACUGCAACAAAUCCGAUAGAGCCAUACCAUGUUACAAACUUCCGUGGCAUGGCUCAUCACGAACUUGUUUCUGUACUCAGGGAUUGCCCAGUAGGUUUCUGGGCAAAGCUUCUUGUGCGACGAAACUCGCCUCGUCAUCGAUCGAAAACGCCAACAGCUGGAUUUCGUUACGGCGAACAACGUGCAACACCUCUUCCAACUAUUGUCCCACGUUCCAAAACUCCACUUGCCCAACCUCCGAGGCCUGCAAAACACUACGUUAGUACACCAUCAGUUCCAGCAUCGUCCACUUCUCAUAUGAUGGAAAACGGUAUGCAACCGUCAUCGCAGUAUGGCGCCAGAAAUACGAUACCGCGACAACACGAAAGACACACGAAUGAGGAAAUUUAUGAAAACUUAUCCCGUAUCCGUCCAUCAUCAACAAGCCUGGGGUUUUCUACACCGAAUUAUGUACCAAUAAAUGCUUUUUACAACGACGAUACUGAAGUGUUAACUGUAAAUCUGACACGGAAACCAACUGGGUUCGGCUUCCGAGUGGUUGGUGGUAGUGAGGUUAAUACAUGCAUAUCGGUUGGUCAAAUUGUUCCCGGCGGAGCUGCUGCAAUUGACGGAAGAUUGAGGCAAGGAGAUGAAAUUGUUGGAAUCGAUGGUCGAAAUGUUGUUGGUGAAAGCCAUGAAGCUGCAGUUGCUUUAAUGCAACAAGCAGCCAAGAACGGUUAUGUUAAGCUACACGUUCAGCGUAAAAAAGAGAUUCAACCGGCAGCAUUGCAAAACCAACACAAUGGGAUAACGCCGGCAUAUGAUGUGGCACAAGGCCGAACACCCAGUCAGCAGAAUGUUGUACUUUCAACUUAUGAUGUUGUGCUUAACAGAAGUGAUAAUGAUGGAUUUGGAUUUGUUAUCAUUUCAACUGCUAGCAAGAAUGGCGGCACUAUAGGUGAGAUACUGGAAGGCUCUCCAGCAGCUAGAUCUGGGGAAUUACAGGUUGGUGAUCGUGUGAUCGCUGUUAACGGUAUUGAUAUUAUGAGUCUGUCGCAUAGCGAGAUUGUCAAUCUUAUAAAAGAUUCUGGCUUAACAGUGACAUUGACAAUCGCUCCUCCAACAUCUGUUGUACCAGCUCAUCCAACUAUUGAAAACAUGGGUGCGCAGUCGACAGCUUCGUACAUAUCACGUGUCGGUCAGGAUAGUGCUUAUCUAAACGAUGUGCAUCAAUACGGGGAUGCAUAUGAUGGUGCCAGUAAUUCACAAUACAGACAAGUUGGUCAGAACGGCACCGUCUACGGAUAUGCUACCGAAAUGGAACCACCGAUGAUUCCCGUUGAAUUAGACCGUGGUCCAAAAGGUUUUGGGUUUUCAAUUCGUGGUGGUCAGGAGUUUGAUGCAAUGCCGUUGUUUGUGCUUAGGAUUGCUGAAAAUGGUCCGGCCGCAUUAGACGGGCGAUUACAAAUUGGUGAUCAGUUGAUGGAGAUUAAUGGUCAUGUGACGAAGGGUAUGACUCAUGCGACUGCAAUACAAAUUAUCAAACAGUUCCCAUCAGUGAAGUUGCUGGUUAGACGACCAAAAGUGAAACUGAUAUCUGUUGGGAAGGGGAUGAUUGAGUGUAUUGAAGGCAAAAGAGUGGCUGGUUAUUGGCCUUAA